AUGCAUCCCCGCUUGCUCGCGUGCUCUCUACUUACUUCCAUACUAUUUCUCCACGACUCCUGGCGCUAUCUAUACAUAUACAUACACGUACGCAUGAGCUCACAGGCAUGCAGCAGCCUUUCGCGCCCUCCUGCCCUCCCUCUGUGUAACGUUAUGGUCUACGUGCGGCUCAUCACCCCGGCGCUAGCGCAGCUGCUCGAUGCAGCGGCCAGCGCGCCCGAAAUAGUGCAGGCCCGGCGUGAAUUUAUCGAGGAACGCCUGCGCGCUCUUGUGCACACGCAGUCUUCAUCCCGGCUGGAGGAUGCCUUGUGGAUCUACCUCGUCUCUACGCAGCAGCUGGUUUCGAGAACUGCGCACAACUCCCAAGCGUCGACGUUCCCCAGCAGCUCCAGCUGUCCGCUGCCGCCGUCGCUCUUGUUGCCCGAGUCCCUGGCAUGUAUCAGUGACGCCGUGCGCUGGUACUGUGGCGAGUUGUCGAUCCUUGUUACUCGCCCGCCAGCUGAUGAGUGCGAGACAGCGCCACAGACGACGCCGCAGCCGUUGCGGGAUGCGCAACAACAGAAGCAGCCAAAAUCAAAGCCGGUCAUCCACAUCAAGCAAGAGCCUCGUGCCUUGCCGGCAGAGCAACCGGGAGCACGGAUCGAUGAGCUUCUUCGACAGCGCCAGCAGCCAGCCCCGUCACCAGCGCCGUCGCCGCCGGCUCAGCGCCCCAAGCAGGCAACUGGGCCCCUUGCUACUGUACUGCUGGCCCUCGAUGCAUUAGCCCAGCUCAAGCGUAUUCCCGCGCUCCUUCAGCCUCGCACCAUCGCCCUCCUUGUCCGCGAUUUUGUCUCUCUCUGGAGCCUCGUCUACCUCUGCAAGCAGCUGAAGCGCCACCAGCAGCGCAAGGAGCGUCUCCUGACGGGCGCGGUGAUCUCAGCAAUCGGGGCGAUGGAUGUGAAACGUGGUCUCGGCGGGGACUGGAGGCGUCGCGACAACACUCACGUCGGGCACAGCCCUGACGCGCACCAUACCGACGACGAGCCCAUCGCGGUGUGCUUCCACGAUUACGAUCUGCUGCUGCCAUGGGACCUCGUCCAGCGUAUAUUGGCGUCGCCGGCUGUCUCCAUGGCAGCCAUCGCAGCGCAGUGUCGAGCCGUGGAGGAGGCCAGGGCCGGUGCACUGUCUUCCGCAUCUGCGAGAAGGGCCGCCACCUCCCACGCCUUCGCGCUCAUCCUCAACCCUGCAGUAACGGCCAUGGACGACAACCCAGACCGUCUACGCAAGAACGCACGCAUCGACGCCAUUGACAAGGCUGCCAGCAAGUACUACUACGCCCUGCUGUCCGCUCGUGCGCAUGGGCAGACAAGUGUGGACAUCCGCGGCGCACCGUCCGGAGCCUCCUCUGCGUCCGCCGCGGCCCACCAAGAGGCAUUGCGCAGCUCCUUGACGGCAGUGGACAUUGGCGAAUACGGCGUGCUCGACCCGUCGAGGAUUCGUGCGCCAGCCUACCUUGCAGUCGUGGAUGGGUCACUCUCUGGUGGCGUCGGCGGUGGGUCGUCGAGAGCGGCGUCGGCAAGUCCGGAGACGGCCGCCAAGUCGCAUGCGCUAUUUCUGCGCGACGCCUCGAUUGGCUUCGACAUCCAGGUGAUGGCCCUCACCGGCGCCGGUGUUGGGUACUACCUCGGCUACCUGCGCGGGCUGUCGCCGGAGUGGUGCACGCUGUACGCUGUGGUCGGCCUUGUGACGAUGAUGCUGGUGGACGCUGGCCUGCUUAUAAUUCGGAUAGGACGGCAGGAUCAGGCGGUGCUCAAGGCCCGCGCACGAAUUCGCCAGCAGCGGGAAAAACUGAACAAGGAAGGCGAGAAGCUCGUACAGUCCAUGCAGGCCGCUGCAGGUCUGUCAGCGGCCGACGGUGCUGAGCUGACUGCCGCCCCCCUGCAGACGGAGACGGACCCGCACACCAAGAAGAUCCAGUAG